GGGGGAGGGGAAGCAGGCGACAAGGAAAGGCCUGACCUCGGGGUCUGAAAAGCAACUAGGAGUGGGAGGGCCUGGAAGGGGAAGGUGGAAAGGGAGUGGUGAGAAUGAGUGUGGGAAGGAAGCCAGAGCCGGGCCGUCCUCGGUCCCAGCCGCCAGGGAGAGGAGGUGGCCAGGCGCGCUCGCCCGCCCGGCUCAUGCCAGCCCCGCUCGGCUGCCUUUUGAUGCUCGCGGGGCGCCAAGCUCCAUCCAUCUGUAGGUCUCAGAGCCCAAGCCUCGGGAGCGACAGGAGACGGGAGACAAAGUGAGAGACGGUGGGUGGGAGAGAAAGACCAGCUAGAGAGAGACCACGCUGAUUCUCACUCUCUCUUUUAACCCAACAACAACAACAACAACAAAGUUGCAAAUUGGAUUCCUGGAUCAAAAUCCUGCAGGCCCAGAGAAGAUAAAAGUUCAGGCAUCGCUGCACCUCUUGGUGCCCACCAAGACUCCCAGACCCUUCGCCCCGGGGGGUGGGGGGGCCCGUUGAAUAUCAGCGGAGAGAUGGCUUGGAACGUAGCCUGGUGCUCAGUGUUGCCCCUGUGGCUCCUCUGGGGUGCUGGCUGCUCCAGCGCGGCGUCAGGGGACGGCAGCGCGUUUCCUUUUGACAUCGAGGGGAGCUCAGUGGUCGGCAGGCAAGACCCAUCGGAGACCAGCAACCCGCGUGUGACACUGGGACGCCUGCUGCCCGCGGUUGAGAGAUGCAGGGCUGGAUUCUUUCGCACGUUGUCAGGAGAAUGUUCACCCUGUGACUGCAAUGGCAAUUCCCACGAGUGCUUGGACGGUUCAGGCUUCUGUCUGCACUGCCAGCGAAACACAACAGGGGAGCACUGUGAAAAAUGUCUGGAUGGCUAUCUUGGAGACUCCAUCAGAGGCACACCCCGGUUCUGCCAGCCAUGCCCCUGUCCCUUGCCCCACCUGGCCAACUUUGCAGAAUCCUGCUACAGGAAAAAUGGAGCUGUCCGGUGUAUUUGUAAAGAAAACUAUGCUGGGCCUAACUGUGAAAGAUGCGCUCCCGGUUACUAUGGGAACCCCUUACUCAUUGGAAGCACCUGUAAGAAAUGUGACUGCAGUGGAAACUCAGAUCCCAACCUCAUCUUUGAAGACUGCGAUGAAAUCACUGGCCAGUGCAGGAAUUGCCUACGGAACACCACAGGAUUCAAGUGUGAACGCUGUGCUCCUGGCUAUUAUGGAGAUGCCAGGACUGCCAAGAACUGUGCAGUGUGCAACUGUGGGGGUGGCCCAUGUGACAGCGUCACCGGAGAGUGCCUGGAAGAAGGAUUCGAACUCCCAACAGGUUGUGAUAAGUGUGUCUGGGACCUGACCGAUGACCUGCGAUUAGCAGCACUCUCCAUGGAAGAGAGCAAAUCCGGGCUGCUGAGCGUGUCCUCCGGCGCCGCGGCGCAUCGACAUGUGAAUGAGAUGAACUCUACCAUCCACCUCCUCAAGACAAGGCUGUCUGAAAGAGAGAACCAGUAUACCCUAAGAAAGAUUCAGAUUAGCAACGCCGAGAACACCAUGAGGAGCCUCCUGUCUGAUGUGGAAGAACUAGAAGGAAAGGGAAGCAAAGCCUCAAGAAAGGGGAAGCUGGUGGAGAAGGAAAGCAUGGACACGAUUGACCAAGCCACUCAGCUCGUAGAGCAAGCCCACAACAUGAGGGACAAAAUCCAAGAGAUCAACAGCAAGAUGCUCUUCUACGGAGAGAAUCAGGAGCUUGGCCCAGAGGAAAUUGCGGAGAGGCUGGUGUUGGCCCAGAAAAUGCUGCAGGAGAUCCGAAGCCGGCAACCGUUCAUCACCCAGCGGGAGCUCGUGGACGAGGAGGCAGACGAGGCCCAGGAAUUGCUGAACCAGGCCGAGAACUGGCAGCGGCUGCUCAACGACACCCGCUCCUUGUUCCCCGUGGUGCUGGAGCAGCUGGACGACUACAACGCGAAGCUGUCAGACCUCCAGGAGUCACUCGACCAGGCCCACGACCGCGUCCGGGAUGCAGAGGACAUGAACAGAGUCAUCGCCUCCAAGCAGCGGGACCAUGAGAAACAACAUGAGAGAGUGAAGGAGCAGAUGGAAGCUGUGGGCACCUCUCUGAGUAUGUCUACAGACUCUCUGACAGUACCUCAGCUGACGCUUGAGGAGCUUGAUGAGAUAAUAAAGAAUGCAUCUGGAAUCUAUGCAGAAAUAGAUGGUGCCAAAAAUGAGCUACAAGGGAAACUUUCUAAUCUAAGCAACCUCAGUCAUGAUUUAGUCCAAGAAGCUACAGACCAUGCAUACAACCUUCAAAAAGAAGCCGAGGAGCUGAGCAGAAAUUUGCACAGUUCAGACAUGAACGGGCUGGUGCAGAAGGCUUUGGAUGCAUCAAAUGUCUAUGAAAACAUCGCCAACUAUGUGAGCGAAGCCAAUGAAACAGCAGAACUUGCUCUGAACAUCACUGAUCGGAUUUACGAUGCUGUGAGUGGGAUUGACACUCAGAUCAUUUACCACAAGGAUGAAAGUGACAACCUUCUCAAUCAAGCCAGAGAACUGCAAGCAAAGGCAGAUUCCAGCAAUGAAGAAGCAGUGGCUGACACCAGCAGGCGAGUGGGAGGAGCCCUGUGGAAGAAGGGGGCCCUUCGAGAUAGACUGAAUGAUGCCGUUAAGCGACUGCAAGCAACAGAGAGAGGGGAUGCCCAGCAGCGCCUGGGCCAGUCCAAGCUGGCCAUCGAGGAAGCCAACAAGACGACGAUGGCUGUCCAACAGGUCACCACACCGAUGGCUAGCAACCUCAGCAACUGGUCACAGAACCUUCAGACCUUCGACUCUUCCGCAUAUAACACGGCGGUGGAUUCGGCUCGGGAUGCAGUGAGAAAUCUCACAGAGGUCGUCCCCCAGCUCCUGGAUCAGCUUCGCACUGUUGAGCAGAAGCGGCCUGCAAGCAAUGUUUCUGCCAGCAUCCGGAGGAUCCGAGAGCUCAUUGCUCAAACCAGGAGUGUUGCCAGCAAGAUCCAAGUCUCCAUGAUGUUUGAUGGCCAGUCGGCUGUAGAAGUGCACCCCAAAGUCAGCGUGGAUGACCUGAAGGCCUUCACAUCCAUCAGCUUGUACAUGAAGCCCCCUCCAAAGAAGCCAGAGCAGGCUGGCUCCUGGAUAGCUGAUCAGUUUGUCCUCUACCUCGGAAGCAAAAACGCCAAAAAAGAAUAUAUGGGUCUUGCAAUCAAAAAUGAUAACCUGGUAUAUGUCUAUAAUUUGGGGACCAAAGAUGUGGAGAUUCUCCUGGAUUCCAAGCCUGUGAGCUCCUGGCCUGCUCACUUUAGUAUUGUCAAGAUUGAGAGGGUAGGGAAACACGGAAAGGUGUUCUUGACAGUCCCCAGUCUCAGUAGCACAGCAGAAGAAAAGUUUAUCAAGAAGGGGGAGUUUGCAGGAGAUGACUCCUUGCUGGACCUGUCCCCGGAGGACACUGUGUUUUAUGUUGGCGGGGUGCCUGCGAACUUCAAGCUCCCUGCCAGCUUAAACCUGCCCGGCUACUCGGGCUGCCUGGAGCUGGCCACUCUGAAUAAUGAUGUCGUCAGCCUGUACAACUUCAAGCAUAUCUACAACAUGGAUCCGACCAAGUCCGUGCCUUGUGCCAGGGAUAAACUGGCUUUCACUCAGAGCCGGGCCGCCAGCUAUUUCUUCGAUGGUUCCAGUUACGCCGUGGUGAGGGACAUCACAAGGAGAGGAAAAUUCGGUCAGGUGACCCGCUUUGACAUUGAAGUUCGUACGCCAGCUGAUAACGGCCUUGUGCUACUGAUGGUCAAUGGAAGUAUGUUUUUCAGCCUAGAAAUGCGAAAUGGCUACCUACACGUGUUCUAUGACUUUGGAUUCAGCAACGGCCCCAUGCAUCUCGAAGACACAUUGAAAAGAGCCCAGAUCAAUGAUGCAAAAUACCACGAGAUCUCAAUCAUUUACCACAAUGACAAGAAAAUGAUUUUGGUAGUGGACAGACGACAUGUCAAGAGCAUGGACAAUGAGAAGAAGAAAAUUCCUUUCACAGACAUCUACAUUGGAGGUGCACCCCAAGAAGUUUUACAGUCCAGGUUGCUAAGAGCACAUCUUCCUCUAGAUGUCAACUUCAGGGGAUGCAUGAAGGGUUUCCAGUUCCAAAAGAAAGAUUUCAAUUUACUGGAGCAGACAGAAACCCUAGGCGUUGGUUACGGCUGCCCAGAGGACUCUCUGAUAUCUCGCAGAGCAUAUUUCAACGGGCAAAGUUUUAUUGCUUCAAUUCAGAAAAUAUCUUUCUUUGAUGGCUUUGAAGGAGGCUUCAAUUUCCGAACAUUGCAGCCAAACGGGUUGCUAUUCUACUAUGCUUCAGGGUCCGACGUGUUUUCCAUCUCGCUGGACAACGGCACCGUCGUCAUGGAUGUAAAGGGGGUCAAGGUCAAGGCAGCAGACAAGCAGUACCACGACGGGCUGCCCCACUUCGUCAUCACCUCCAUCUCACCCACAAGAUACGAACUGGUGGUGGACAAAAGCCGACUUGGGAGCAAGAAUCCUACGAAGGGGAAGGCAGAACAGACCCAAGUGACUGAGAAGAAGUUCUACUUCGGUGGCUCACCAGUCAGUCCCCAAUAUGCUAAUUUCACUGGAUGCAUAAGCAAUGCCUACUUCACCAGGUUGGAUAGAGAUGUGGAAGUCGAGAAUUUCCAGCGGUAUUCUGAAAAGGUUCAUACCUCGCUCCACGAGUGCCCCGUUGAGUCGUCACCACUGCUUCUCCUUCACAAAAAAGAAAAAAAUUCCCCGAAGCCCAAAACAAAUAAGCAGGGAGAGCAAAGUAAAGAUGCACCUUUAUGGGAUCCUAUGGGCCUGAAGAUCCCAGAACAGAAGGCUCCACGGGACUCACUCUGCCACCUGUCCAACAGCCCCAGAGCAAUAGAACACGCCUAUCAAUAUGGAGGCACAGCCAACAGUCGCCAAGAGUUUGAACACAUGCACGGAGAUUUCGGUGAAAAAUCUCAGUUUUCCAUUCGUCUGAAAACCCGUUCCUCACAUGGGAUGAUUUUCUAUGUCUCAGACCAAGAAGAGAAUGAUUUCAUGACUCUGUUCUUGGCCCACGGUCGCUUGGUCUUCAUGUUUAAUGUUGGCCACAAGAAACUGAAGAUUAGAAGCCAGGAGAAAUACAAUGACGGAGUGUGGCAUGAUGUGAUAUUUAUUCGGGAAAAGAGCAGUGGCAGACUGGUCAUUGAUGGUCUACGAGUGCUAGAAGAAAGCCUUCCUCCUAGUGGGGCUGCCUGGAAAAUUAAAGGUCCCAUUUAUUUGGGAGGAGUAGCUCCUGGGAGAGCUGUGAAAAACAUCCAGAUUAACUCUGUCUACAGCUUCAGUGGCUGCCUUGGCAAUCUACAGCUCAAUGGUGCCUCCAUCACCUCUGCUUCUCAAACAUUUAGCGUGACGCCUUGCUUUGAAGGGCCAAUGGAAACAGGAACUUACUUUUCCACAGAAGGAGGCUAUGUGGUUCUAGAUGAGUCCUUCAAUAUUGGGUUAAAGUUUGAAAUUGCAUUUGAAGUCCGUCCCCGGAGCAGUUCUGGAACCCUGGUUCAUGGCCACAGUGUCAACGGGGAGUACCUGAAUGUGCACAUAAAAAACGGGCAGGUCAUAGUGAAAGUCAACAACGGUGUCAGAGACUUUUCUACCUCAGUAACUCCCAAGCAGAAUCUCUGUGAUGGCAGAUGGCACCGAAUUACAGUUAUUAGAGACUCAAACGUGGUUCAAUUGGAUGUAGAUUCAGAAGUGAACCACGUAGUUGGACCACUGAAUCCAAAGCCAGUUGAUCACAGGGAGCCUGUGUUUGUUGGAGGCGUCCCAGAGUCUCUACUGACGCCGCGUUUGGCUCCCAGCAAACCCUUCACAGGCUGCAUCCGCCACUUUGUGAUUGACGGGCGCCCAGUGAGCUUCAGUAAAGCAGCUCUGGUCAGCGGCGCCGUGAGCAUCAACUCCUGUCCCACAGCCUGACACAGCAGGGCAGGCCGAGGAGAGUUCCCUCCAGCACUGAAAUAAACGCAGAAUGACGGGGGUGGGAGUGGGGACCGGAACUCCCCCUCCCUACAAAAGCUCUUACCUGGUUGAAGGGGAUUUCAAUAAAUCGGAGACCGGC